AACGAGCGUGUUAGGUUGUCCGCAAUUGUGGCAGAGAUGGUGCUCAGAGACCGACUUGCGAUGACAGGCGAGAUAAUUUCCGAGGACUCGUGUCACCUAAGCAACGAGUUUGAGUGGCAACGACGCCUGGCCAGUCUGGCCUCUAGAGGCAUAACGGCUGAAGACCUUGCAGAUUGGGCCUCUAUCAUGUCGGCAAACGACGGAGAUACAAAGCUCCAAAGGUUCAUUGCCAGUGACCGCCCCAAGCCUACCUUUCUGCUUCUGGCACUAGUCGGCAAAGACAAUGCCAUUCAUGACACCACAAAUAUCCUGGCCCUACUAGAUUACGUUGACAAAACGUACAUCAAGAACAAACCUACUCAGAGGUUCGGCAAAUCUACCUUCCUUCUUGGACACCACAACUUCCUCAUCUUCGUCUCCCGGCUGGCAUGGCAGUGUUUGCGCAGAUGGCCUUCGGGCCUAGUUUCGGUAUCGCACCUUGUGGUCUCCUAUAUCGAGUCACUUGCCUACCCUUCGCAACCGGAGAAAUUGGCCCCAGCGCGAUGUCUUGUUUUCAACGAAGCCAUCCGAAUCCUAUCCUGGCCGGCCAUUGGUGGGCCCAUGAAACACAUGCAAUUCAACUGGGAGGCCCAGAAAGUCCUUUUGUCGUUAUCAUUAAAUACACAGCCGCCCUUGAUCCUGAACCGGGCCAGCUACCGAUCUAUGAGGAAGGUUCUUGUCGCGUUACCAAAAACUUUAGAAGAUAUGAGGGCUGCGCAGCGAGGAGGCAAGACGUGGCCGCCGUUCCGCCAAGCCUGGGAUGGCACAGAUGAACAACGCCAGCCAGAGGAGGACAUUAGCAGGAGUAUUUUAGCGGGGAUACUCAUGAAAGAGGCUGGUUACGCGCCUGAGUCGGUCGAUAAUGUGUUGACGACACUAGGCGGGGGAGCCCCUGGCGAGCCGCCGACAAUACAAACGAGAUCCCUCGUACCUCGGUGGGAGACCAACUAUCGCGCCGUUUACCUGGAAUGGGCAGCCCACCUAAAAACGGCGAGGAAUGCGAGGGAAGCCUGGCAAAUAUUCCAGCAGCCACCACAGCCCAAACUGAAACCAAACGCUCAAGUCUAUGCCGCCAUGUUCGAGAAGCUGUUCGCACGCCCAGCAGACGUGUCGCCGGCGAUUGUCCCGGGAAACGUUAAGGAGACAUUUCCGGUGCAUAACGUCAAUCUCACUCCCUUCGAGAUAGCAAGACUCGAACCUCCAUCGAGUCUGGAGCUAUACGAUAUGAUGUUGAAUCAAGGCAUCAAGCCCGAUGACGACUGUCUUGCGCUUCUGCUCCGAAAUGCCCGCUCACGAGAAAUGGGAAUGCAGUUUUUCAGGGCCAGUCAUUACGAACCAUUGGCUCGUGCCUUACUGGAGCCGACGACCGACGAAGAAUCCUGUGAAUUGCUUCGAAAAAUCCCGCUCAAAAUUUUCAAUGCUUGGAUAUUCAAGUUAUGCGAGACGAAUCCAAACCCAGUGUCGAAGAAAUCGCAUCGUCAUGAUCACAGGCUUGACUACUCUUAUUGUCAUAUAAGUGAGGCCAUUCAGCUUACCAUCAAGUAUCAGAACCUAGAUGGAUUUCUUGGUAGGUUCGAAAAAGCCCCGUGGUAUACGAUUCUGGGGCAUCUGGCCUCAACAAAAAACAUUUUCAGCGCUGCGGGCGAGAGCAGAAACAACCUUGAGACUCUUGAAACAUUUAUGAGAAUUUUCCGUCGGCUGAGAGCUCAGGAGGGGGACAACGAUACUCUUUUCAAGCUUCUGUGUCGGAUGACGCAGAAGACAAUGAGAAUGUCGCUAUUCUGCAAUCAGCGGCACCACGAUAUUUUCAGCCGUGAAUUCAAGACGGAACUGAGCCAGGCACACAAGACUAUGAUUGACUGCUUUACUGACUUGACCAAGCCUAUCCAACAAAGGGACGGGGCUUGGACACUGCGGUAUACGAUCACCGGGGGGAAUGUCUACUGCUACAUGCAAGCUCUAGGGGCAUUUGGGAACGGAGAGGAGAUGGUGAAACUGAUGGAUUGGAUCAUAGACUCGUGGGACCAACCCCACAUGCUCGAACAAGCCAAGUCACAACACACGUUAGACUGGCAGUACAUGAUCAAGACGUUUUCGUACUUUUUGGGCAUGAGCUCAAUGGUUGAAGCGAAGGAGCUGGAGCGCCUACAAAACAAACUAGCAGAGCGCCAACAUAGUAGGCUAGAGGGCUUAAGUCAACAGGGUUCUUGCUCGUGGUUCUUUCCGGCGUCGAGCCAUGGCCAAGAGGGUGUGGAGAUGGAUAUCACCAUGGCUACGAUAUGGAAGAAACUAGGCAGAGGCCUGGAGUGCCUACCAAGCUCAACACUGGUUACUCCCAAGUCCCGGUAUCAGGGAUUCGAACCUCAACAUCCGCUCGUACCGGAACGUGUGGCUCUGGCAGACCUUUUGAGGUGCUUUAAGAAUCAAGAUCGUCUCGCCGGCCGGGCUUACAUCGAACUCGAGCUAGACAACUUCUCCUUUUACAUCAACUCGGCAUGCUAUCCGUUUGAGAUGCGUCCUCUUCACCAUCUGGCGACCAAGGCCGCCCAUGACACCUACUACUUUGACGGCAUUCUUAGCUUCGGCAAUGUCAGACAUUACGUUUCAAAGGUAGAGGUGUCUGAAUUACCAAUCGGAAACUACGGCGGUGAGCAUGACACUGUCCAAGACCAGAUCUGGGUUCGUUCUCGAUCCAACAGCAAACAAGAGAUCUACUAUCGCCUCAAGAAGCCGUCAGCAGAAUACACCCGGUUCCACGAACCAUUUUUAUGGAUUGCGGAUUUGGCCAAGCAUGUUGUCGACUUUUGCUCCUCCAUGAUCGAGGACGGGCUCCAGGUUUCAUUGGACUCGUUCAAGGAAUCAUUCAUCCGCUGGCUUCUCAGAACCCACAGCAAAUCCCCGAGCUUCCAGAAAUGGCGACUACAACAUCCUAGUGACAAUUUCUCGCGUCAAAUGAUUGGGUCUAUCAAACCCGGUGAUACCAUUUCGACGCCUCGCGAUGGAGAUUCCACUGAUACGAAGUGGGCGAAAAUGCAAUCCAAGGGCUCCAUUGACGACAAUAGAUGGUUUGGCUUGGUCCAAAAGGUACAUAUCAACGAAAAGACAGACUUGCGUAGCUUUGAUGUUACAUGGUUUUACCGACCCUCGGAGACGCCCUGCUGCAUGAUGAAAUAUCCCUGGCAUAACGAGCUGUUCCUUUCCGAUCAUUGCACAUGCGAGGAAGGACGCGUAUCGCGCGUACACGAACAUGAGGUCCUUGCAACGCACGCGGUGGACUGGUUUGGGAGGUCGGACUCUUCCAAGGGCGAGUUUUUCGUACGACAGACGUACAUGGUCGAGAACCGACGAUGGGUUAGUCUUCAAGAGUCGCACUUGACGUGCUCUCACAGCUACGACAAAUUCGGGUACAAUACUGGCGACACUAUCCUUGCGGCUUUAUCUCCAUCGGACGAUUUUGCCGAAGCGUACGAAGUUGUCAAGAUCUUCAGGCAAGGCGCGAACCGGUCCUUACGUCUUCGAAGACUGCUACGCCGGAGCCUCGCCGAUCCUGGCGCAACCAACGCAGCACCCAACGAGCUUGUAUAUACGGACCAGUUAUUGGUGGUGAAUACAGAUAAGAUAACCAUAACAGGAAAAUGCGCCAUUCGCUUCUUUCGGUCGGAAGAGCCCAUUCCAAGCCCAUUCAACCGAGGUGGCACGGGGAACUUGUUCUUCAUUACCCACAGGCUGGACACCGCGGCCAAACUUCCGACGUGCGUCCCCUUCAGUAGCGAUGGGUUCCCGCCUUGUUUUAGACAAGGGUUCGAUCCCAGCCGAACCGACUUUCAGAAGCUCAGGGGUCUUGAUUUGUAUUGUGGCAGUGGGAAUUUUGGACGGGGCCUUGAAGAUGGCGGUGCCGUCGAUAUGUGCUGGGCAAAUGACAUAUCGCCAUAUGCUAUUCAUACCUAUAUGGCCAACGCCCGGGCGGCGACUCGGCCAUUCCUUGGGUCGGUUGACGGUCUUCUCGGGCAAGCGCUGCAAGGGAAGUUCGCCGACAAUGUGCCGCGGCCAGGAGAAGUCGAUUUCAUUUCCGGAGGCACCCCAUGUCCCGGAUUCUCACUUCUCACGGUAGACAAGACGACGCUCUCGCAGCUCAAAAACCAAUCCCUGGUUGCAUCUUUUGCUGCGUUUGUCGACUUUUACAGGCCCAAGUAUGGAGUCCUCGAAAACGUCACGAGCAUUGUGCAGGCGGAUCAUAACCGUACAGAGGAUAUGCUUUCCCAGCUCUUCUGCGCCAUUGUUGGUCUGGGCUACCAGGCACAGCUUAUCAUGGGGGAUGCAUGGUCUUAUGGCGCCCCCCAGAGCCGCAGCCGGGUCUUUUUGUAUUUUGCUGCUCCCGGUCUUCGACUUCCGGAGGCUCCAAGGCCUUCACACUCUCAUUUUCCUACCGUCAAGUCCCGGGGUCUGGGGAAACUGUGCAACCAAGAGCCCUUCGUACGUCGGUCGUUCAGUCCUACGCCUUUCAAAUAUGUCAGCGCAGGUGAAGGGACGGCGGAUCUCCCCUUCAUUGGCGAUGCGAAAGCCGACAGUUGUGUGGGUUUCCCAGACCACCGACUAGCGGUAGGAAUUACUAGUCGGAUACGGCAACAGAUUACCGCCAUCCCAAUACACCCACACGGCAUGAACUUUGCCAAGGCGUGGAAUCUCGGCAAAGGCACGAUGACGCGUGGUGAGCGAGAGCUAUUCCCUCCAGAAGGCUCCCACCGUACCAAGCCCAUCUCGCACGGUUGGGGUCGUAUAUGCCCGGGCGAUACUUUCCCAACCGUAACGACGAGGAGCCAACCGACGGAUGCCCGCUGCGGUCGCAUACACUGGCACGAGGACCGUCCGCUGACUAUCAUGGAGGUGCGGCGGGCGCAGGGCUUCUUAGAUCAUGAGGUGCUCAUCGGCAAUACGACGGAACAGUGGAGGCAAGUAGGCAACAGCGUGGCCAGGCAAAUGGCGGUCGCAAUUGGGCUCCAGUUUCGUGAGGCCUGGCUCGGGUCAUUGUAUGAUGGCGCGGGAAGUAGAAAUGUUGAUAAAGCCCCCGCCGGCCUUACAGGGCACUCGCCAGAGACAAAGUUGGGUCAUGGGGCUUGUUAUGGUGCCGAGUGCACUUCCUCGUCGGGUUCCCCCAGCCCCAGCGAGUCGGGUACUGGGGCCAGAUGCGAGACAACACCAGCCACAACUAUGUCAGAUAGCACAGAGGCUUGUGCAACGCCUAAAGUUGUCGGUGGUAGAAGAAAGAGGCUUCUUUCGCAGGCCGCCAAGACGCCGUAUCAAUCCAAACUCGCCCGAAUUGGCGCGUCAUUUUAUGACCGGAUUUACUUCUAG